AUGUCCAGAAAAACAGGUCUCUCAGCUCUGGUUCGGCUAAGUGAUACAACCCGUAAAACCCUCGCCAGCCAAGAACUCUCGAUCAAAUCAAGGAAACCAAUCUCUCCGUUUAUAUGUAUCGAUAAUAUCGACUUUGAGGAACGCAUCCACUUCCAGUCAGUUGAAAAAACCAGCCACAUGUUCCAUGGAACAUGGGGGUAUGUUCACACCCUUGAUCCAACUCUUAUCGAAGGCCACAAUCCAAAGGAUUUCUCGCUCGACAGCUACAAGCAGGCGAUCAAAGACUCUGCCAAGUUGAAGAUUACACCACCAAUGUUUAUGCCAACAUUCGAAGAGGAGAUUCACUUUCGUGCAGCCAUCAAGAGCCAAAUUGCUCAAGUAAUGAUGACUUACAUAGCUACAACAGACGAUCCGAAGAAACUUGUUCCUCUUGAAUCACCAACAAUUGAUCAAAUUACUGCUAAAAAACCACAGAUCACAAUGCUCAAACUAAUGCUGGCAUCCGACAACUGCGCUGAAGGAGUCGGAAAAAUCUUCAGCGACAUUAUAGAUCAAACAUAUCUUACCCCCGAACAGUUUUUCUCAGAGCUUCAGGUGAUGGAGGGCGACCUUGGAACGAUUAUGAACCUAGAGUGCUUGCGAUCACAAAGGAAACCCAGUGGUCACAAAGAAGAAAGCCUUGGAAACAUCUUCAUGCUUUUGGGGGCCGCUCACACCUUGUGGAAUAUUGGCCAGGCUAUCUUCCUGAAACACUUUGGAAAUAAUAAAAACCAGGAUGAUCUUGGAGCAUGGAGGACUCUUCAAGCCCUUGGCCUUCCGUCGGAGAAACCAGCUGCGAAAAAAGACUUCACACUUAUGCUCACCAAUAUGCAGAAGAUCCAUGAAGCAACACUUAUUCACUGUUUACUAUUAGUCAUGGGGAUUCCUCGAAACAGCCUACCAAACGAAAAGCUUAAAUUAACAGCCAAAUCAAUCAACCAUGCCAUUGACCUAUGCUACACUCGUUUCUUCGGCUGCACGGCACUCCAAAACGCCGACAAAUCUGAUUCUCCAAAGCUUUUCAACCUCAUGACCCGCUUACGUGAUUUUGCUACUGUCAUCGAAGCCAAUCGAGCAAUGAAAGCAGGCGAUAUUGGUCGAUUAUUGAAUAUCUGGCGGAGAUGGUCUGUAAUGGCACAAGGCAUCACUGGUUUAACUCACUAUGCAAUACACCUCCCUCGAAUGAUCCUCUUAAUCACGAAAGUUCUCCCGCCUGCUCUCUGCCAUGCAAUCCAACAUUCACUCCUUGUCACACCAAGUGGACGGCCAGGUCAUUUUGUGGCCAAGGAUUUCUUGCUUGAAACAUUUAACUAUUGGCUCAAAUUUAUGUUCAACAAAAGCGGUAUUGGCACAAAGGCUAAGCGAUUGAGGGAUCUUUUUUCUUCAAAUGUGCCCUUGCUGCAACGUUUAAUUCGAUCAAUCAAGGAAGAUUCGGGUGCCUGCAAUUAUUAUCAAUCACACAAGCAUCAACUCACACUUCAGUCAAUCAAUGCAUUCCUUCGCAUGGCAAUCACCAAGUCCAUUGGAGAUAAUACGGAUUCCACAAAGACAGCAUCAAUUCCAGCUCCAGCUCUAGAAAAAGGUAAAAAGAAAACCAAAAAGAAAUUAAAAGGAAAAGAUAUUGAUAUUAUGAGACGAGGCAUGGAAGUCAUGCAAAAUGAUGCUCUCACAGGGGGAACUAUUCUAAAUCGCUUCCGACCAUCUGAAACCCUUCUCAAUCCUAGUUGGAUGUUUGACGAGGCUUCUUCACUUCCUAUUUCACCUGGCGAGCUUGACAUUUCACUGGAAGAUUACUUUGGCCCUCUGGAAAAUGAUGAUUGUUGAAUUUU